AUGCUAAAGCAGUUUAAAGGAGAAUUGCGAGCUGCCAACAGACUGAAAAAUGAGCCUGGGGAGAGAGACAGAGAAGUGGGCAACUUAAACAGCAAGCUCUUGAACCCACAACUUGACAUCAAGAGUCUGCAUGCUGUCUGCAAGAGACAGGGGAAGACCCUGCAAGAGAACAAGCUCUGUGUGGAGGAGGCCAUGAUAAAUACAAGUCAUGGAAGGCACCGACAGCUGCUGCUUACCUCUAACAAGAAGCAGCCCGGGUCUAUUAAGCAGUGUCAUCUGAGACAACUCCAGCAACUGAAGAAGAAACUGCUGGCCCUUCAGCAAGAGCUGGAGAUUCGGACCCAGGAGCUGCAGACCUCCUACUGCUCCCUCCUGCGGUACCAGUCCAUCCUGGAGAAGCAGACUUCGGACCUGGUUCUUCUUCACCAUCACUGCAAACUGAAGGAAGAUGAGGUGAUUCUCUAUGAGGAGGAAAUGGGAAAUCAUAAUGAAAACAUGGGGGAGAAGUUCCAUCUGGCACAGGAGAAGCUUGCCUUGGAGGGUGACAAGAUUGUGUCCCUAGAAAGGAGCCUAAACCUGUACAGCUCCAGCAAGGAGACAUAUUCUCAGUUGCUCCAAGACAAGGAUGAAAUGCUUCAUGAGCUAGAGAAAAAGCUGACACAGGUGCAGGACAGCCUUAUGAAGAAAGAGCUGGAGCCGGAGAAGCAACAGUGCAUGAUGAAAGAUCUCAAGGUGACCAUCAAGGAGGCGAAGCAGGACAAGUCCAAGGUGGAAUAUGAGGUCCUGCGGAACGAGAACCAGAAGCUGAAGAACAGUUGCGAGGAGAUCAGACAGCUGCAGACUCUGGGGGCUCAGAAUGCAGCCCAGAAUAAGGAGAAGGCCUGGGUGGCAGGAUGCAAUCUGGAGGGCGCUCAGCGGAAAAUUCAGAGCUGCAUUCUCCUAGAGAAGCAGAAGGAGGAGAGCAUCCAGGAACUGCAGAACCAGGUGCAGAAGCUGCAGAAGGAUUUGGGGGCAGCUGAAGAGGCUCGAUUAUGCAGCAGAAAACAGAUUGAGGAUAUGACCUCUGAACUUGCUGGGGUCCAGAAGAAGCUUGUGAAUUCAGAGAAGGAAAAGCAGCAGCUUCGGAAGACACUGGAUGAGGAAGAAAAGAAAGUAAACAACUUUCUUGAUCAUGCCAGACUCAUUCAGCAACAGCAAAGGGAACUACUGAAUGCCAAAAGCGAACUAGAAGAGGAACUUCGGGAGGUAAAAAAAUCCCUGGAGAAGAAACAGGAACAGCUGAAAAAGAGCAAAGAGCAGGAAAAGUUGCUGGAGGAAGAAACUGAGACUUUGCGAGAAGCAAAACAGAAGGAAAAGAUGGCAAAAGAGAAUUUGAGAAAGCUGGAGGAGGAAAAGGAGACUCUCCAGGCAGAUUUAAAGUACCACUCUAUACAACUGGAAUUGUUUAUCAGCAAAUACAACAGCUCCCAGAAAAUCAUCCAAGACCUGAACGUGGAGAUAAACUGCCAGAAAGAUACCCUCAUGAGUCUGCAGACAAAGCUGGAAAUAGCUAUACAAAAAGAAAAGAGUUUCCAGAACAUGGUCACUAAAGAAGUCUAUGAAGACAUCUGCCGGAAGUUAGGCGCCUGCCAAGAUGACCUGACCCAAGCCCUGGAAAAGCUCAAUCACGCAACCUCCGAGACAAAGAGCCUGCAGCGCAGCUUGCAACAGACCCAAGAGAGGAAAUCACAGCUGGAAGAUGAAAUCAUGGCUUAUGAGGACAGGAUGAAAAAGUUCAAUGUGGAAUUUAAAAAACUACAGGGUUUCCACAAGGAAAGUGAGCUAGAGGUGAGAACCUUUGACAAGAAGCUAGAGGAGAUGAGCAACCAGGUGCUUCAGUGGCAGAAACAGCACCAGAAUGACCUCAGGAUGCUGGCGGCCAAGGAGACGCAACUGCGGGAGUUCCAGGAGGAAAUGGCCACCCUGAAAGAAAUACUCCUUGCGGACGAGAAGGAGCCGUGCUGCCUGCCCUCAUGCUCAGCACCCAAAGACACCUAUCGGCUCCAUCAAGAGAAUGAUCAGAUUAUGUGCGACAUGGAGCAGUGGACAAAAGAGCAGAAGGUCGCCAAUGAGAAACUGGGAAACAAGCUCCGUGAACAGGUCAAAUACAUCGCCAAGCUGACUGGUGAAAAGGACCACCUCCACAACAUAAUAGUCCAUCUGCAGCAGGAAAACAGGAAACUGAAGAACGAGAUAGAAGAGAAGAUGAAAACAGGCUCCUCAUACUGCUAGAAUCAGCACCUCUCCCUGAGCAUCAUUUCCAC